GAUAAUUUCUUAAAGGCUAAAUUUAAUGGAUCGUCACUUAGUUGCUGUCAUUUCUGAUAAUCGGCAUACGAUAUGCCAACUCACCUACUAUUAUGUAGAUAUGAAUUUUAUUACAAAAGUAUUAAAAUUUGUGAAAAAGUAUUAAUUUAUCAUGAGCUAGAGUGACGCUUUAUAUAUUUAAACUUAUUAACGAGGGAACAUAUACUUUGUCACGAUGGCGAACACACUUGUCGCAAGUAGUCAGGAUAAUACUUCGAAAUUCUUAGAAUCCCUCCAAGCCGAUUUGAAGUUCCUUGCUUCUGAAAGUAAGAAAAAAUAUCCUCAAAUAAAGGAAUCAUGCGAGGAAGGAAUAACAAAAAUAAGGUCUGCUAUGAGUGCAUCUGGAGGUCCAAUAUAUUAUAUUGUAAAUCAAAUCUUAUAUCCUUUAGUUCAAGGUUGUGAAAGUAAAGAUAUAAAAAUCAUUAAAUUUUGCUUAGGUAUAAUGCAACGAUUAAUAACUCAGCAAGCUAUAGAUCAGAAAGGUGCUCGUUAUAUUACAGAUACAUUAUGGAUGCUUAUGGAAACAGGGACCGAAGAAGUUAAAGUUUUACAGACUGUAACUCUUCUUCUUACAAGUAAUACUAUUGUUCAUGGAGAUACACUUGCAAGAAAUCUGGUUCUUUGCUUUAGAUUGCAUUUUACCAAGGAUUGUACGACUAUCAACACAGCAGGUGCAACAGUAAGACAAUUGGUAUCAUUAGUAUUUGAACGAGUAGUUGCAGAAGAUGAACAAACGCUCGAUCAUCCAGAAAUUGAAGAAGUUAAUUUGGAGGAAUUAAAAACUCCGACAAAUCAAGCACCGAAAGGUCUUGGACCUUGUGCUGCUGAUGCAUAUUUAAUGUUUCAGGAUUUAGUACAAUUGGUAAAUGCUGAUCAGCCAUAUUGGCUCAUAGGGAUUACUGAAAUGACAAGAACAUUUGGUUUAGAAUUAUUAGAAUCUGUUUUAACCAACUUUUCAUCUGUAUUUUUUAAGCAUCCUGAAUUUAGUUUCUUACUAAAGGAAAGAGUGUGCGCGCUUGUAAUUAAAUUAUUUUCUCCUAAUAUUAAAUAUCGUAACUCUGUGCCAGCAUCGAUACAACAAGCAACGCCACUCGAUAAACCUUAUUUUCCGAUUAGUAUGCGUUUAUUAAGAGUUGUGUCUAUCCUCAUACAGAAGUAUCAUUCUCUUUUGGUAACUGAGUGUGAAAUAUUCUUGUCUUUGAUUGUUAAAUUUUUGGAUCCAGACAAGCCUACCUGGCAAAGAGCUUUAGCAUUAGAAGUAUUACAUAAGAUGACUGUACAAGCAGAUCUUUUAACAAACUUUUGUGAGUGCUAUGAUUUGAAACCACACGCAACAAAUAUUUUUCAAGAUAUUGUAAAUAGUUUAGGUGCCUAUGUACAUAGCCUUUUUGUUAAUCCACAAAUGAUUGGUCAAACUGGAACAGCAGCAAAUACACCAAUACCUCAAGGUACUGGUUCUCCAAUCUUCACAGGUAUGCCCGUUGGUCCUGGCAUAUCUCCACAACCUGGAUUUUAUUCACGCGGUAUUUGGCUACCAGUAGUAGCAUCAUUUACAAGUGGACAUACCAAAUCUACCUAUUUGGAAAUGCUUGAUAAAGUUGAACCACCACAAAUACCAAUUGGUUAUGGAAUUAGUGUAGCUUAUGCAUGUCUAUUAGAUAUAAUACGAUCAAUUGCUCUUGCAAUUAAUGGCACAAAAGAAGAAAAUGCUGAAAGUCAUUAUAAACCGACUGAAUUUGAACAAAAAUUGCAUGUACAACUGAUCACUUCCAGUUGGUGUGGUUUAUUGGCAGCAUUAAGUCCAUUGAUCGAUGCAAGUACUGAUGAAUCUGCUACAGAAAAUGUUUUAAAAGCAAUUCAAACAUAUGCAGCUCUAUGUGGUCAACUGGAUUUGCAAAGUCCUCGUGAUGCAUAUAUUACUGCAAUAUGUAAAGGUUCUUUACCACCUCAUUAUGCCUUAACAGUACUGUAUAAUGCACCUCAAGGUAUACCAUGUGCCCGCACACAAGAAUCAAAUCAAUAUAAUUUAUCUAUGGGUGAACCAGAUCAUCGACAUCAAGUUGUUGCUGUUGGAACUCCUUUACCAACAGCUUCUUUACCUAUUGGUGCACAUCAAGGUCCUGUUAUGUUAACUGCAAAAAAUCUUCAAUGUAUGCGUGCAUUGUUGUCAUUGGCACAUUGUCAUGGCAGUAUACUUGGUAGUGCUUGGCAUUUAGUACUAACGACUCUUCAACAUCUUGUUUGGAUUCUUGGUUUGAAACCAUCUACUGGUGGAUCUCUGAAAGCUGGAAGAUCUGCUGCUGAUCCAAAUGCAGUAUUAACUAAUGCUGUAAUGGCAGAUUUACCUGUACUUAGUGCUAUGUUAAGCAGAUUAUUUGAAAGUAGUCAGCAUCUUGAUGAUGUGGCUUUACACCAUUUAAUAGAUGCUCUUUGUAAACUAAGUCACGAGGCAAUGGAAUUAGCAUAUUCAAAUAGAGAACCAUCACUUUUUGCUGUAGCUAAACUUUUAGAAACAGGACUAGUAAAUUUGUCACGCGUCGAAGUUUUAUGGAGACCACUUACAAAUCAUUUAUUAGAAGUAUGUCAACAUCCACAUAUUCGUAUGAGAGAAUGGGGUGUUGAAGCAAUAACGUAUCUUGUAAAAAUGGCAUUACAAUAUAAAUAUCCACAACCAUUGCGUGACAACCAAAAAUUACAGACAUUACUUUUGGGGCCAUUGUCAGAAUUAUCUUCAGUACAUCAUGGAGAUGUCAGACAGCGACAAUUAGAAUGUGUUUUACAAAUUCUUCAUGGUGCUGGAGAAACACUUUUUCAUGGUUGGCCACUAGUUCUUGAUAUUAUUGGAGCAGUGUCCGAUCAUCAUGGUGAAGCUUUAGUACGCAUUGCUUUUCAAUGCCUUCAACUAGUAGUAACUGAUUUCUUACCAGUAAUGCCAUGGCGAUGUCUCCCACAAUGUGUUGAUACAGCAGCAAAGUUUGGAUCGCAAACGCAAGAAUUAAAUAUAUCACUUACAGCUGUUGGCCUAAUGUGGAAUAUAAGUGAUUAUUUCUAUCAUAAUCAAGAAAAAUUAUGUGUUUCUUUACGUGGAGACUCGUCAUCUGUAUUUCCUGAUUUUCCUGGUACAACAAAUAUUCCUCCAUUUGAUAAACUAUGGAUGUGUCUUUAUGCAAGAUUAGGUGAUCUAUGUGUGGAUUCUCGUCCUUCUGUACGAAAAUCCGCUAGUCAAACUUUAUUCUCUACCAUUUCUGCACAUGGUAGUCUUUUACAUCAGCCAACAUGGCAAGCUGUGCUUUGGCAAGUUCUUUUUCCAUUAUUAGGUAAAGUAAGAAGCUUAUCUAAUUCAGCAAGCAAUGAAAAAGUUGAUACUGGUGGAAACAUACUUAUUCAUCAUAGUAGAAAUACAGCGCAGAAACAAUGGGCAGAAACACAGGUUUUAACAUUAAGUGGUGUUGCAAGAGUGUUUAAUACAAAGCGUCAACUAUUACAAUUACUAGGUGAUUUUCCUAGAGCUUGGUCAUUACUUCUUGAAUUUAUAGAAAAUUCUGCUCUGAGUAAAAAUAACGAGGUAUCUUUAGCAGCAUUGAAAUCUUUUCAAGAAAUUUUAUAUUUACAAAAAGGAUGUGAUAAUAAUGAAGUAACGCAUUCAGCUGAUUCGGAAGCACUUUGGAUAGUAGCAUGGCGCGUUUGGCUUAAUAUUGGUACAGAAAGUACUACACCUCCACAAGAGAAUGAAACAGAACCUUAUGUUCCUUCACAAGCUUUUUUGACUGCUCUUGUUCAUAUAUUUCCAGCUGUCUUUCAACAUAUUAGAAAAAAAUUUACAGGAACUGAUUUAGAUAAAUUAUGUGUUGUAUUAAAAAAUGUAGUCGCAGUUCCAGUACAUGGGGAAUCAACUCCUUACAUUCUACCCACUGUACCAGAUGUUGUUCUUACACAUUUACAAGAUGGUGUACUACAUUCUAUGGAGCUUCUUCAAAAGGAAGCAUUGAAUGGACCUGAAAACCUGAGAACAAUGAUAGUUUUAAUAUUUCUUCAAUUAUUAAGUUUCUCAAAGCUUGCUUGUGAAGCUCCUACUUAUGGUAGAAUACCAACUAAACACAUUUCGCAAAUUAGAGGUGUAUCUGCUGACUGGGUGAUCAUGAAUUAUGUUCCUUUUGGAGAAAAAGCAUUAUCCAUGGUUGUAAAUUUAUAUCAAAAGACUGCUCAUGAAAUGGCUGUAAUUGAUGGACAAGUAUUGAAACAUAUAAUAGAAGCUCUUCAUGUGCCUCUCUCUAUGAAGUAUGCAUGUCCUUCUUCAACAACAUGGAAAUUAGCUGUUACAAGUUUAUUAGCUGUUUUGCAUACUGGUUUACCAUUAGCACGUAAAUAUCCAGAGCAUUUUCAAAGCAUGUGGCCUGAACUUGCAAGCACAUUGGAUGACUUUUUAUUUCCAAAAAGUGUAAUAAAUGCAGAACGUGGAGCUGAAGAAAUUCAAGCGGAUGAAGCUGUUGACUGUCAAGUGAUGGAAUUACUUAGAGAUGAGGUAUUACCACAUUCACAAUAUAUACCUCAUCAAUUUAUUUUGCGAGUUGUUAUGCUUCUAAACAAAGGAUCUAUACAUUCUGCGACUACAGUGAAUAUUGAAAGCAGCGGUGAAGCAAAGUUAAGGGAAGAAUUUGCAAAAACAUGUUUUGAAACAUUAUUACAAUUUUCUCUAUUGGAUGGAUUAAAUAAUGAAUUGGAACCUGACUCUAAUAAAACCUUAGAAAAUGAUGAAGGUGGAGUAGCGGGUCGUUUAGCAGUUACUGCACUUUUACAUAGAUUCCAAGAAGUUCUACGGAGAUUCAUUGAAAAUGAAAGGCGCAGUGGGAAAUGUCCAUUACCUAGGUACAGAUUAUCGGAAAUAUCAUUCGUUUUAAAAGCCGUUGCUACACUUGUAAUAUCACUUAAAAAAGCUCCUCCUAAUAAAGUUGAUAGAUCUGUGUGGGAACAAUUAAUUGCAUUAUAUCCAUGCUUGGUAGAAUGUACAAUUGCAUCUGCUUCUGGACAAGUUACUCGUUCUUUACGUGAGGCUCUAUUACAAUAUCAUGAUUUGUUAAAACCACCUUUAAACAACACACCAACUUCAACUGGUGUCUGACCACUGUAUUCAUUUCUAUUGAAAUGUAAUAUUGACACGUCAUACUACAAAGUAAUCAAAUAUCGUAAAUACGUGAGAUAUAUUUAAUGUAAUUUUAUUUGUAUAUUAUGGGCAUUUACUUAGAGCACGACAAUUAGAUAAAUAUCUUUACUACAUUGAUUUAUGAAAUCAAUGCAUAUAUGUUUUGUAGUAUAAAAGAGGAUAAGUGACAAUGGGAGUUGAAAUUUGUAUAAAUUUUUUAGCAAAACGCGUCUAUACAUAAUGCUUGGCAAUCAAAAAUAAGCUAAUAUGAAUUUCUUAAUAUAAUUCAUAACAAUUAUAGUAGUACCUGCAAUAGCAAAUAUUAUACACAUAUAGCAUAAAUUUACAAUUGUGCUAAAAGUAAAAUUAUAUUGUCGAUAUAUUUUCCUUUAUUUUCUUUUUCUUGCAAAUUUUAUUUAGUUUUAAGAAAAUAUUUUAACGAAGAUGUUAUAUGAAUCAACGAAAGUUUAUUUAAAAUAAAACAAACUUUAGUUUAUUUCAUCAAAAUUACUCGUAAAAAUUAAUAGAUAUCAUGCAUCUUGUAACAUAAUUUAUAAUCAAUGUCGAAUAACAUAUAUACAUACUAUUAUAUACAAUUAUACACAUGGAUGCGUGUGUCGAUGAUUAAAAAGGUAGUUAGGUAAAUAUACAAAAAAAAAAUAAAGUUGAAUAAUUUAUUUUUAUUUUAUUUCGUACUAAUAUGAUUCAUAAUUUGAAUUCUUUUCGAAACGAUGCGUGUAACUUAUGCUACUUUCAUAUACACUGAAGUCAUAUAUACGUAAAUACAUAUGCUAUAUACAUGAACGCAUAUACGUAUACGCAUAUUUUUCAAUCGUGUAUAUAUUUGGUCUCAUGGCUGGCUUUUUCAAAUCGAUAGUGUAAAUAUGAGAUACUAGACAAUUACGUCUAUGUAUUAAUUACAAGACUAUUUUAUAAAAUGUAUGACGUUGAUACCUAAUAUAAUUACUUUUAUGUAAUAUCAUAAGCAUAAGUUGUAAAUAAACUCAUGCAAAUUCAAUAAAUAUCAUAGCCA